GUGUCCCUGGCUUCCUCCCUGGGGACCAAGGGGAGUCAGUGGGAGGAGCUUCUCUUACAGUCAGAAUUCCUUGGUGGAAUGCAGACAUCUGGAGGUCACAGAGUCCUCUAUGAUCUCACCACGAGGGGGAGCAAGGCCACUUGGAAUGAAGUUUCUUUGAUAAGUGGGAGGAGACGGAGCAGCUAUGAUGGAUAACCGAAGGACUUGGUGGCAGCAGUGGACCGACAUCAAUAUCAAACCUUUGAACGUCAUGAGGGCCACUCACGAGCCCUACGCCCGGCCGGAGGAGCAAGUACUGAUCAACCGCAGAGACAUCACUAGCACAAGGGAUACCUGGGACAUGCAGGAGUUCAUCACUCGCAUGUACAUCAAGCAGCUGCUCCGUCACCCAGCCUUCCAGCUGCUGCUGGCCUUGCUGCUGGUGGUCAACGCCAUCACCAUUGCUCUGCGCACCAACUCCUUCCUUGGCCAGAAACACUAUGAGUUGUUCUCUACCAUAGAUGACAUUGUGCUGACCAUCCUUAUCUGUGAGGUCCUCCUCGGCUGGUUAAAUGGCUUCUGGAUUUUCUGGAAGGACGGCUGGAACAUCCUCAACUUCCUUAUCAUCUUUAUCUUGCUCCUGGGGUUCUUCAUUAAUGAACUCAGUGCUAUCUCUAUCACCUAUACUCUCAGGGCGCUUCGUCUGGUGCACGUGUGCAUGGCGGUGGAGCCUCUGGCCCGGAUCAUCCGUGUCAUCCUGCAGUCGGUGCCUGACAUGGCCAAUAUCAUGACCCUCAUCCUCUUCUUCAUGCUGGUGUUCUCCGUGUUCGGGGUCACUCUCUUUGGUGCGUUUGUGCCCAUGCAUUUCCAGAACAUGCAGGUUGCCCUGUACACCCUUUUCAUCUGCAUCACCCAAGAUGGCUGGGUGGACAUCUACAGGGACUUUCAGAUGGAGACAAGAGAGUACGCAAUGGAGAUUGGGGGUGCUGUCUACUUCGCCAUCUUCAUCACCAUCGGUGCCUUCAUUGGCAUCAACCUGUUGGUCGUUGUGGUGACCACCAAUCUGGAGCAGAUGAUGAAGGCAGGCGAGCACGGACAACUGCAUCAGACAACCUUCCGUGAGACAGGCAAGGAGGAGGAGGAUGGAAGUAACUACCUGCCACUGGUACACUGUGCGGUCGCCCGUUUGGAGAUGUCUGGCCUCCCCCAGGAGCCACUUACGGGGGGCAACCUGUCUAACCUCUCGGAAAACACCUGUGACAACUUUUGCCUGGUGCUCGAGGCAAUACAGGAGAACUUGAUGCAGUACAAGGAGAUCCGAGAUGAGCUUAACAUGAUAGUAGAGGAGGUGCGCUCCAUCCGCUUCAACCAGGAGCAGGAGGAGGAGCUGAUGCACAAGCACGUGUCCCUGAGCCUGUCGGUGGCGAGUGGGUCCUCCCUGGACAUCCACGACAUGACUUGCCAGCAAGACUUGAUCACUGCGCUCAUCAACAGGGAUAAGGUUCAGGAAUCCAACACAAACCUGCUCCUUAACAAACACAAGGCCAGCCGCUGAGAGGCAGGACGGGAGCCAAGGGACCUGCGCACACACACCCAGCUGCUGCAUCUUCCUGCACCUCUAGUGUGACUUGGCACAGCCUGGUCUGAGCCCAUCCUCUCCCUUACACCUCGGCAGAUGCCUGGGGCUGAGAAGGGGGUGGCAUGUCCAGGGCUUGUACCUGUGAGCCCCAGGUUCAGAGGAAUUCAGAUGGACAAGGAUGCUGGAUGAGAGAGGGAGCCCCACAGCAAGGAUGAGCACCUAGCGGGGGUGCUGGCUAAGGCAGCCAGGGUUUGUCCUAAGGAUGGGCAUCCCUGGUCCUCUGCAUUAGGCCAGAGCUAGAUGGGGCCUAAGUGGGCUUAAGCACCAAGAGGAGAAAGGUGAGGCCAGUGGGGCCAGGCAUCUGUGUAUUGACAAUAAAAUUUUGCGUUGGGAUCAA